AUGAUCCAGAAGGAGUGGCAAAGGAAGUGGAGCUCUCUACUUGACGAGAUCGAUAAUUGCGUGCGACUCCAGGUUACCGAUCUACGCAAUCGUCAGAUGCGUGAAGAUCUGAUGUUCGACAGCUCAUUUGCGCGAUCCGACUUCUAUUUUACCAUUUUACAACAUCUCCGGAUCUUCGCACAGACAAUCCGAGACACAGGCUCCGAUCUUCAGGCUUUAGCUGACUUGGGUCUCUUCCAUUUGAGGAUUCCACUUGACAAUAUUGAAAGUCCUGCAGCUGCAGCAUGGGAGCAAAUCAUGACUCGCUUUGAGGAGACAUCAGAUCGGUUACUUCAACGAAUAUACAACCAGACAGAAGACAUCAGGAGCCUUCGCGACGGGCUCUUUAAUGCCACAUCCCUUCGAGAAGCGUCCAAGUCCACAAAUAUGAACAGAUAUAUCAUGGUCUUCACCAUUAUGACCAUCUUAUAUCUGCCCCUUAGCUUUGUAGCUUUGGCCUUGGGACCUACGUAA